GUGCUCUGCAAAGCUUGUUUCCCCUGGCGGGAAGGUGUGUCCGGCGUGGGUGAAGCAUGGCUGCGGUGCCCCCCGAUACGUGGCAGCCGCCCACUGUUUCUUUGGAGACUACAAUGGGCAUUAUUAUUGUGGAGCUAUACUGGAAACAUGCACCAAAAACUUGUAAAAAUUUUGCUGAGCUGGCCAGACGAGGUUACUACAAUGGCACAAAGUUUCAUCGGAUAAUCAAGGACUUCAUGAUUCAGGGCGGUGAUCCAACAGGAACUGGAAGAGGAGGAGCAUCCAUUUAUGGCAAGCAAUUUGAAGAUGAACUCCAUCCAGAACUAAAGUUUACAGGAGCAGGAAUUCUUGCUAUGGCAAAUGCAGGCCCUGAUACCAACGGAAGCCAAUUCUUUAUCACGUUAGCACCAACUCAAUGGCUUGAUGGGAAGCACACUAUAUUUGGACGUAUUUGCCAAGGAAUUGGCAUAGUCAACAGAGUGGGCAUGGUGGAAACCAAUGCACAAGAUCGUCCAGUGGAUGAUGUCAAGCUCGUGAAGGUUUUCCCAUCAGGCUAAACGAGAUUUGAAAAUUUUGUGUUGAAUUGAAUGGUAUUCCAUUGUGUUUGGUCUCUUAAGGUGAUAAUUGUUUUGUUCUGAAAGAUACUUGCUAGUUUUUUAGGUGCAGGAUACUCCUCUAUUAAAAUGUCUUCUAAAAUUAUUGUUAACAUUCCUUCAAAAAUGUAAAGCUAAAUUUAUCAAGAAAUGAUUUGGCCCAUUUGAACAGGGCCUGUACCACCAAAUUACAGUCCUGUUGUUUUCUAAGCUUUAUUCUCCCUCCCCCCCCCCAGCUUCCACUUGGGGUGCAGCAAGCCAUCUGUAUUGUAAACAAACCAUCUUAAGUGCACCAGAAAAUGAUGAUUCUUUAGGAAAACCUUACUCCCUUUUCAGCACCUAGCAAUUGUAUGCAGCUCCCUGAAUAUGCUCUCAAUUCCUCAAGAGCUCCACUGUUGAUGUCUACUAUCAUUUCUGCAGAAAACUUUUAUUUAGAGGCUUCACAUAGUGAAUCUUUUGCAUGGGCCUGUUCAUCCAGGAAUUCUGUUCAGCAUGGAAGAAUCCUGGCUCGGGGGUGAGAUUGAUGGAUGUGGCCCUCCCAUAUCCAGUCAGUUGCCAGGAGAGAAAGCAGAUACAUUCACUUUACAUUCCAAAAGAAGGUGAUUUUUUUUUUCAGGCUAGGAAGAUCAAAGUAAUCCAUGGAGCUCAGUUCCUCCCUGGAGUUGGAUUAGCCCAUGUCAGCACACAGUUUCUGUGGCACCCUGAUGCCUUCAAAGGCAGAAGGCUCUGGGUUACAUCUGCCUGUGUUUCUUUAAUGAGAGCUUGGGAGUACAAUUUAGCAUUUUAUGAUCUGCACAUAAAUUAACUCUGUUCAAGGGCAGCAACAUGAACUUAGGGUAGGACAAAAGGAUGCAAACAGCCCCAUCGAUAUAACUUCCAUGAUUCCAGCUGCUCUGGCAUCAUGAGUAGGGCGCAUUCCUUUGGCUGCUAGCAACCCCUGUUCUGGAGCCUAUGGCUUCCGACUUAAUUGGCAUUGUCAGAGCUGCUUUUGAACAUAACCUUGUUUUCAGGCAUUGGGUUUCUUUGGCCCAGUUCUAGGUGGCUAGAUGCAGUUGUAUGCCCUUGAUCUUGGCACGUGAGCAAUUUUCCCACAGUAGACAACAUCAAUCAACUUCAAGAGCCAGAGUCGCUAUGUGAUUGGAAUAGUAGUGUAAUGAGGGAUAUAGCUUACUUAGUUUUCUGAGAAAAUGGGCAUAACAGAACACUUAACCCAUGGCUGUUGCGGCUGUUCGGGGCACAAAGAGUCUGCUAGUGAGGGGGUGGGACUUUGUCUAUGAAAGCCCCAUAAUAUAUGCAAGAAUGCCAUGCUAACCACUAGCACAUGUUUGGAAACUGAGUUGCUGUUGUUCAGUUACAUGGCCCCUCCCAAAAUGAUUUCAGCAGAUCACAUAACCAUUAUAUACCCAUGUUCAAAACACAGAAGGCUGUAAAUGGUCAUUUUUUUCCUAUUAAUCAGAUUCCCAGGAAUCAGAUUCACAUCAUUGGCAAUAAUUUAUUACAUGGUUAAAAGGCUUGAAAAAUACCAUAAAAUUGUUUCUCAAAAAGGCAAUAUUUCAUGCCUUCGUGGAAAAGUCCAGUGGUUAUGUUGCAUCAUUGAUCUGGGAAGCAGACUUUCAUGAGCAAUAGUAAUGAACUGAUUUAUACUGGCAUCAAUGCAUCUCUUCAUCUAAACAAGGUAUGCCUUGUUUAAAUGUUUUGUGUCCUACACAAUAAAUUUGAUCCCUGCCUCUGGUAACUCAAGUGUUAUUUGAAUGCAUUUUUAUAACCAAAUAAAAUAUUUUGUAAGUAUUUAUACUGUACAUCCAUCUCAGUUCUGUUUUUUUAUUAUCAUUAUUUUAAAAUGCAAUUGUUAAUCUAUAUUUGAGUGGGGAUUUGAACCCUGGUCUCCCAGGUCCUAGCCCAACUCUAACCACUACACCACACAGGCUCUCUGUAGCACCCCCUUUCCUGGAGGUUUCAUGCUCUCCUGCUCCCCAUGUACCUUGGUUACAUUUUCUAGAAUUCUACUUCCUCUCCUCUCUGCAUGUAUAUAAUAAAUGCUAAUUAUUAGUAAUUGGUGGGACAUUAUGUAUAAUCUCUGCAGCUUCCUUCUCAAUCAUCUCCAGUAUUCUUCUGAAGAUUAUGAGAAUCUUCUUAUGGCUUCUGCCUGAGAAGGCUAAACAUUUCGCGAUGCUGGUUGAACUUUCCCCACCUGCCAGCAACAUGAGCUUGGUGGCUCAUGAACCUCACUGUCAGAUUAAGCAGACCAGUUGGCACAAUUUCAGGCAAGCCAGCUUGGGUGCUCUGCGCUCUUUUUAGCCUUUCUGAUUUACAGUUUCCAAGUCAGUAUCAGAGUUAGGCUGUAUUAAUUACAGGUAGGUAGCCGUGUUGGUCUGAGUCGAAGCAAAAUAAAAAAAUUCCUUCAGUAGCACCUUAAAGAC